AUGGCGCAGCAGGAUCUUCCGAGCUACCAAGAAGUGGUUACCGGCGAUCAUCCCGGCAGCGGUCACCUGCAAACACUCGUGCUAAACGGGCGCAACAUUGUCGCAUCAGAAAACACGGAAUGCGUUCUCUACGAACUCAACAGUGCGCCUUGCGAGGCCAUGGCACACACAUACAGCAUCACCAAGGUCGGCAGUCGCCCUACGAGCACUGCCAGGCAAGGAAGAGCCAGUCAGCGGCGACAUCACCUCUACGAUUUUAGCAAGAAGAGAGCAUUUUCACUCAAGGAUCUCAGCUCACGCGUGGCAAUUGAGGGAAAGGCGAGCCGGGAAGCAAGCUACAGUGAUGUGACUUUGGCUGGCGGCCUUUCUGGGUGGACGGCGUGCACAGCCAAGGGCCAUUUCGCAGGCCAGGUGUCCAUCCGGGACCGUCUUAAGAAAUUCGACGGUAUUGUGUGGACAAGCGAUGAUGGCCUCAUCGUGGCGCUGGAAACGCGACCGACAAUGGGGGAGGAUGGGGUCCUGGACGGCCAGGCGCAGCUCAACAUCCACGAGGCCUUGCCUGCCAAGGACCUAGACCUGCUCGUCGCGUGCUGGAUGGCACGGUUAUGGAUGGAGUCGAAAGCGAGCCUGGAGGCAGGCCAGCCACGGUCUGCUGGUAGUGUGUUUAAUCGUUUGUGGCGACAACAGCCUAACAUUGCGAAGCUUGGAGGAAGUACCAGCACACAAUAUGCUAGCUGA